AUAAAUCUUCAGGAAGCAGAGCAGUAGUCUGUCUUGCACUGUGAUGACAGGUUGUCUGAAUCGAGAUGUAGGACUUCCACCGCAUUCUGGUCAUGAAAUAGUGGGCAUAGCUAAUGUGUGAUAUUAAUACAAUCAUCUGACAAAAGGAUUUGGGUGGCUGCCCAUUAACUGGAGAGGUUGAUGCAGUGAUUGCGGAAGCUGCGUGUGUAGGACAUUGCAAAGUCAAGCAGAAAGGUAUCAUUCCCUCCAGCAUUUCCUUCAUAAUUGAAUUGAUUUUUGAUGUGGAAAAAAAGAUGAAGUGAAGCCGUAAUCCAACAACUUUGAGGUAUUAGGCAAUCUGGAGGCAGCAGUUAAACACAACUGACAACUCUCAGUAAACCAAAACACUUAAUAGACUCUUCUCUGGUUCCCCUUUCAAAACCAAGGUCACGUCACGAAACUUGAGGCCAUCUGCACCUUUCUUGGCAUGGAUGCUGGUUACUUUAGACAUAUGAGUUACUUCCACACCAUUUUGUUUUAAAAGUGUCAGAAUGAUUUGCCUGUUCCGUAUUGUUCUCCUUGGUGGAGUCCUCUCAACAGUAUUAGCUAGUGGGUCAGCCCAUGGCAAUGAAACUGCCUCCAUCCAUUUGGCAGCACUUAAGUUGGACUAUGUGGGACAACCUCUUAUCAUUGCAGUCUUCAUCUUUGCUGCUGGAAUAGCAAAGCUGGCUUUUCACCAUGCUGAAUUCAUUUCUUCCCGAGUUCCUGAGUCAUGCCUUCUAAUCAUACUGGGUAUCAUAGUUGGAGCUAUAAUGAGCCAAAUACAGCCUGCUGGAACCUGUACAGAAAUAAACACCCCGCCUACUGGGAAUGUUUCCCACCCGACUAACAUCAGUACAGCACCACAUACUGAGCAGAAACCAGCUAUAACUAUGAGUUCCAGUCUUUUCUUCCUGUGUCUCUUGCCUCCCAUUAUUUUAGAGUCAGCAUACAGUCUCCAUGACAGAACAUUCUUUGAAAAUGUGGGCAGUGUCAUCAUCUUUGCAGUGAUAGGCACAGUGUUAAACUGCUUCCUAAUUGCUCCCAUUCUUUAUGCUGCCUCGACCCUAGGUGCCAUGGGUUCCCUCCACCUUGGACUAAAGCCAUGCUUAGUGUUUAGUGCCAUCAUUGUAGCUGUGGAUCCAGUGGCAGUGCUGGCCAUCUUCCAAGAAGUAGGUGUUAACAAUGUGUUGUAUUUCCUGGUGUUUGGGGAGUCUCUAUUUAAUGAUGCAGUGACAGUGGUGCUGUACAACAUGAUGCAAGAAUUCAACAAGAUGGAUACUGUUCCUCCUAUAGAGGUAAUCAAAGGAUUAGUAUCCUUCUUCAUUGUAAGCCUGGGAGGUCUGUUGAUCGGGAUCUUCUUUGGUAUCCUGACAGCCAUAAUAACCAAGCACACUAGUACUGUUAGAGUGGUGGAGCCCUUAGCUGCGUUUGUUUUAGCAUAUAUAUCAUAUCUUAUGGCAGAAUUAUUCCACUUCUCAGGUAUCAUCAGUUUGAUUGGCUGUGGAUUAACGCAGGCUCACUAUGCAUUCCAUAAUAUAUCACAGAAAUCCCAUACCACUAUCACAUACUUCAGUAAAAUGCAAAGUGCCCUGAGUGAUUGCAUCAUCUUCCUGUUUCUUGGUAUUGGAUUGUUUAACUGUGACAUUCUGAACCUGAACCACUGGAGAUGGGAGCUUAUACUGUGGACACUGUUCCUCUGCCUUCUCUUCAGAUUUCUAGUUGUCUUUACUCUUACCUGGAUCAUAAACAGAUCUAACAGAAUGAGGAAAAUACAGAAUGUGGAAAAAUUUAUCAUGGCCUAUGGAGGACUACGGGGAGCAGUGGCAUUCUCGCUGGUUGACCUGUUGAAAAUCGAUGAAUUCCCAGAAACCAAAAACAUCUUUAUGACAACGUGUCUGACUCUCAUCUUCUUCACAGUAUUUGUUCAGGGAAUAACCAUAAAACCAUUGGUGAGGAUCUUGCAAAUUAAACUUCAAGAGCAAAAAGAUCUGAAACUGGCUGAAGAAAUCAACUCUCAUGUCAUUGAUCAUGUGAUGGCUGGAAUUGAAGAAAUCCUUGGAGAACAUGGAGAAAAUUAUUUCAGAGAAAUCCUGGAAUAUUACAAUAGAAAGUACAUCAAAAAGCUACUAAUGAAGGAUCCGGUCAGUACCGAUGAACAGAUCAUGUCGUGUUUUGAGGAAAUCGCUCUACAACAACACUUUGAGAAUUUGCAAGGAAGUGUCAUGAUAAGCUCCAAGUAUGGUAAUCUUGACUUUCCUUGGUUGCAUCAAGAAGAAAAUGGUGUACAGGCAGAAGUGUCCGAUGACGAGGUGAGCAAUGGUUCCGACGACCUUGUUCUUCCUGCUGUCACCGUUCUCCAGCCAACAAAACAGCUUCCCAGCGGUUACUGGGACGAGGAAAAUGCCAGACUGAAACAAUUUGUGGAGGGCAAGUUAAAGCAGCCAGGUGUAAAGAGGAAGUCCAUCGUUCCAACCUUUCCGAGAAAAUCGGAGAUAUCCCAGGAUCCAACAGCACAGGAACUCAAGAAUGUAUUUGCUCCAUCGUACAGAGAUUUACAACACAGGAAACUGGACAAGAACCUCCGAGAUGAGAGCUCAACAGACUUAUUACGAUAUCUCAGAGACAAGCAAUUCAGAAAUCGAAGAAUGUCCCGAGCAGUAUUCAAAGACUCAAAAACAAAUAGUCCCAGUGGCUCUAACAAAGCCUUACAUCAUCGUGGUGUAGUUGAAAAUUACAAGCGUAGACUCAGUUUGGCAGUUCCAGAAAGACCAAGAUUCCAGAGAGGACGAUCUCCCUCAGAUGUGACAAAUCUACGAGGUGCAAAUUUAGAAUCUUUUAUGGAUGGAAAUGCUUUACUUCCCGAGCCAAUAUUAAAAUCCAGUAGUCCUUCAAAAAGUCCCGAUAAACAUCAUAUUGAAAAUGAAACUCACUACAAGAAACAAGAUGAUGAAAAGAAGAAAGGGCUUCAAAAAAGUUACUCCGAGGGUGAAACUGCACGUAAAAGACCAUUCCUUGCAAAAACAAAACAUAUUUUUACUUCCAUAUCUGAGGAGGAGCAUGAGGCAGAGUGUGAGGAUGAGGAAGGAGAAACAGAGGUGAAGACUUGUGACAGACUGAUUCCUGAUCAAGGUCACACAGAAAGUGACCCUGACCUUUCUAAAAUGAGUAAAGAAAGUGGUGGGAGGCCCAGUUCUCUCAGGAAAGCUUCGUAUAACAAGGCAGUGAGUGACCCAACCAGUGAAACUGUAGAACUUAAAAGUUACAAGAAAAAGGAACAGUAACUCCUGCCAAUUGUUGAAUCUCAGCUGAAUAUGCCAGAUAAAUAUUUCAUUCCUAGUCUUAUUCAUGUGUGUAUUAAGCAUGCAGUUCUGAUUCUGUAACUGGUUAUGUUUCUUAUCAUUUACAAAAAGAUGUUGAUGCUUCUUGAAUUCACAAUGCAUAAGAUUUUAAUUUCAUGUACUUCAGGUUUUUUUUGCUUACAUUUUCAGAAUAUGUUUUUGCUGCUGAAUUCUUGUCAUUCAACUAGCGUCUGUUUCCAUUUUUAAAUUCUCGGUGCAACUUUCAGACACUGCAAACCUUUGCCAAGAUGAAUAAAGCUUCUUGAUAUUUUUUCCGCAUAACUUUAUAUAAAUCCCCUAUAAAAUUUUUUCUAGAUUUAAAUCAUUUGUUGGUCAUGCAAAUAACUUUUGGUGAAAUUUUAUGAUAAUCUACUGAAUAUGUCAAUGGCAUAGGGUAUUAUUUUCAGUGCAGUUUAUGAACUAAAAUACCGGUACCUGAUGUUGAAUGAUAAGCCAUAUUGCAUGAAAUAAUUUCAGUGAUACUUAUUGGAAAUUUUCUGUUUUUCCUCUUUUGAAUAUUGUUGUGAAGUGAUAUUGUGUUGUUCAUUGUUAUGAAAACAUUUUCAACAUAAAGUGUGAUACAGUCAGUGAUACGUUUACUUGCGGUGCUUGUCAGUGUUUGCUUAGUCUGUACAAAGUGGUACAGGCACUGUAGUCAUUGUUCUAUAAUAUUUCUUUCAGUAAUACAUGUAGUAUGUUCUAGAAACAAAACAGAACAUUUUUUUUUUUGCAUUAGAUAAAGCUGCUGAUGAAUACAUUUGCUAAUUUCUGUAAAAGUAUAUCAUAACACUUUGAAAUAUUUUUUUGCUAUGAUAACAAGAUUUUUAAAUGAGAUUAUAUCGAUACAAUGUCUUUAAUUUCAAUGCUGUUUCAAUAACAUUGGAAGAGAGUGUAUGCAUGUAUAUAUAGUAAUAUAUUAACAUUAUAUAUUUAUCGUUACAAACCUAUUAAUUGUCACAAAGAUUUAUCGUGUUUGUUGUUGAUAUAUUUUUUAAAGAUUUUGUGAAAAAGUGUUGCAGUAAUUGACUUCAAAUGUUUUAUCUGUUUGAGUAUUACACUAAUGUACAGUGGAGGUUGUGAUUUACAGCAUUUUAAAUCUGUCUCAUUGCAACGACAUGUAUCAUAUAUAUCGAACAUUUCCAUCAUUCUCAAAUUCAUGGAAAUCUUUAUUACAGUAGAUAGAUAAGGAAGCUUUCAUACAGUAUCUAUGGAACAAGAAAUGGUUCAAUGGAACUAAAUUCUCACACUUCAGACUUAGAUUUACACCCAAGUACAGCCCAGAAAAUGAUUUACACAAAGAACUAGUAUGAUUGUUGCCCAAGUACAGCCCUGAAAAUGGAAUAAAAUUGAGAAUUGCUAUAACAUUACAGUACAAAGACUGAAAGAGCAGUUAUUUACUGGUAAUAUCCCCACUAUAAUUCAUACAUUUUGUUUGCAUGGUAUCGUAUUUCCCUUUAGAAGAUAUAGAGCACAGGUAUUCAGCAUAAAAUAUUUCCAUAAUUGAAACAUUGUAUUACAAUUUAUAACAGAUAUUAAUUUGGUUUUUGCUAGCCUUCUUUGCUCACCAAUUUUUAAAACAAAAAAUCUGACCUACUUCCUUCAUGGUACCUACAUGUAGAUCAAAGUACAGGAUGUCAAUAUGCUCCAUAAUAUAGGACUUAAAUUUAUUUUGUCAUUAGUAAAGGAUUUAUUUUAUAUACUACAAAUUUUAUGAUGUAAAAAUCCAUUUCACAAUUACUCAUUAUCAAAUCCCCCUAUUGUUUUAUUUCCCUGCCUCCAAUAGUUUAAUCCUCUCUUCUUGCACUGAUAGUGUGUGUUUAUGUAAUGCAAGGUUGAAUGAUAUACACAUCAUCUGUUUAGAAAAAUAAUGAAGUGUUAUAUUGAGGUUUGUUGAAUAAAUCAUUCUAUAAAUGA